AUGGAGGCCACGUCUCGCCAGCAACCUUCGUUACCACACGAUCGGCAUUCAGCCACCACCAACGGGUCGCGUGGCGAUCGAACUCGAAGCAGCCAGUCGCGGGGUGGAGGAAAAUCGCGAACCCAUUCCGCAGGAGGAGCCAAGGCGGGCGGGGGUGGAGAGGACGUGCCGACCACGGAGGAGCUGAGGGGUGCUGUGUUCGCCCCUGGGACCACGUUUCGGGUCAAGGAGAAGGUGGCCGUGCCUCGGUCGCGCGGGGGCUUCACCCUGGGCUACAUCUCCAAGCCCGUGCCGCGUCGCCACUGCUACGUCGACCCCACCACGCCCAUCAGCGCCAACCACCAGGAGUGGAGGGUGGUGUACAAGAACGGGAAGGGCGAGCCGCUGUUCAAGGACCUGCCGCCUGCCAGCUUGGGCAAGCUCCGCCCGGCUGCGGGUCCGAAGCCCGUCGCCAUCCUGAGCCGCACCGCCCACGCCGCAGCGGCCGCUGGCGGGCAGCAGCAGGAGCCGCCCAAGAGCAAGAGCCCCGAAGAAGAAGGACUCGAUGACAACUCGGGCAGCAGCCCCUCCAGCAGCGGCGGAAGCGGCAGCGGCAGCGCUGGCGACGCGCGCGAUGCUAAUGCCGACGGCAAUGGUGAUGGCGACGACGGCGAUGCCGGCGAGAUCUUCGUGUUUCGCGGUGUGCACUCCACGCCGAUCAUCGAAACGCCGCCGCCGGUAGUCGAGAAUGGCAAGCAUGCGCCCGCGGCAGCUGACGUGAUGACCACGCCCGCCGCUUCGGUGUUGAUGCAGCCGCCGCCAUCGGUCGCGCCCGCGGAGCCGACCGAGCGCCGGCUGGGCGGGCAGGUGAUCGAGAAGGACCUCAUGGCGGUCUCCUUCUCGCCCAACAACACGUUCAGGGAGGGCGAGCUCGUGGUGGUGCCCCGAUCGGCCGGCGGGUUCACCUACGGCACGGUGCAGGGACGCUGCGAGUGCGCGUGCCCGAUCGGCCCGCCGGCCCACAAGCACCUUGGCUGGCGAGUGAAUGUGGACCAGGCCACGCCCAAGUCCAACUUCAAGGACAUCUUCUCGGCGCACCUCGGUAAGCUCCACCUCGCCGAAGCCACGCCCUCGACGCCCGCUGCGCCCGCCAACGGCGUUCGCGGCGCCAGCUCGGCCCCGUCGCCGCGGCGCAAGGAUAACGCUGGCCAGCAGCAGCAGCAGCGCCAGACUGCCGCCGCUGCUGCCCCCAAGUCCGCCGCACCUUCGCAUCGCCCGCACCGAGCGCGCAACUACGAGUUCGCCGAAGUGGACGACAGCGGCGCCGCAGUGGCCGGCUCAAGCGGCGGCAGCCGCAAGCCCGCGCCGACCUUCAACCAACCCGAUGAGUACGACUUCCACUUCACGGGCCAGCAGCAGGGGUCAACGAUCGUCAACGGCGCGACCAAAUACGACCAAGUCGAUGACGACGACUACUUUGACGAGUACAACGAUGAUGGCAACAACGCUGCUGAACGCCAGCCCGCCGUGCCCACGUUUUCUGGCCUUUUUGGUUCCUCGGCGGCGCCCGCGGCUGCGCCAGCCUCGCGCAGCCCUGUCAGGCCGCCCCAGGCUCAGCAGGGCCAAGGCCCUGCGGCGCCCAGACCCGAGUCCUCUGCGGUUUCGUCGAAGCCGCUCGACACGGGCAAGAAGGGCGUGCUGACCGUGCCGCACAUGCCGCAGCAGCCCACCAACAAGAAGGCUCAUCACCACCAGCAGUACAACCACUACCAGCCGAGGCGCACUCUGUCCCUCGGGCAGCGCACCUUCAAGGAGCGCGGCCCGCGGGUCCACGUCGAGAAGCCCGAGAUCGUGAUCGACGCACCCAACGUGGCCAUGCGGCAUGCCAACAACAAGAAGGUGAGCGUGCGGGGCAUCCAGCUGGCCAUCCAGUACUGGCAGAAGAAGGGCCACCAGGUCAUCGCCUUCAUCCCCGAGCACUACCUCCACCGCAAGGCCCCGCCGCCGGACAAGGAGCAGACCCUGGGGGAGUACAUGCCCAUGGCCGACAACACGGAGCUGCUGGCCCAGCUCGUCGACGACGGCUCGGUGGUACUCUGCCCGCCUCAGGACUACGACGACUCCUACUGCAUCGAGUACAGCAAGAGACAUGGCGCGUACAUCGUCACGAACGACAGGUACUGGGAUCACAUCGCCAGGCAGCCCGAGGACCAGCGCGCCGGCGUGACGAGGUGGCUCCGGGAGCACUGCAUCUCGUUCACCUUUGCCAAGAACGAGUUCCUGCCCAACCCCGACUUCGCCUUCCUGCCGGCCGUGCCCCAGGCCCAGGGCGGCGAGAAAUAG